AUGGUGAAGAGAACCAAAGACACCACGAUCGAUGCGCUCAAGCAAACGACCUUGGCGGCAGGGACGACACAUUUGAAUCCUAGUGCCAUUGAGACCAUCAACAGCGCUGUCAAUGACCUGCAGAAUUUCAAGCUGAAGAACGGGAUCCAUUUGGAAAAGUCAAGUUGCAGCGAAAUAAUACCCCUGGAACUAGCGAUGAAAUGGGUCGAAAUCACGACAUCGAGCUUAGCAUCCGACAUGUUCAUCGGCCUGGUGGAUAAGAGCCUGUUGAAGAUAGUACCCCAUGUGAUCAAUUCGCCGCACGUUCAACUGGAACGAUCCCUUGUGGUGGUCUACUACGCAUUUCUCUUCCUGGGGUGUGCUGUCUCAUGUCCUUCGGAAACCACGAAAUUCCUACCGACCAUAUACCUGAAAUGCCUGGAGGCCGUUCCACGAUGGCAAAAACACGCAAAAGGAGACUUGUUGGACCUGGUCGCUGCGACUUUGAUGACAUGGGUUGCAGUUGAAUAUUUUGACUAUCAUCUUUCCUGGAAAUUUCACUGUGAAGCUUGUCGGUUUGCACACAUUCUCGGAAUCAACCAGAUCGACGACACAAACCAGUGUGAUCGUGUCGGUGAGGACAUCGAAGUUGAGAUCAAGCGAAAAGGAUUCUGGCAGUUGAUGAGAACGGAAAUGCUCUUUCGGUUGUACUACAACAAGCCGCCCGUCCUAACCGCAAUUUCAUGGACGGUCAGGUUUCCUUCUGUGAUGACACCCCUCUCAUCAUCAAAUAGCGCUAGUAUUUGCACCCCGGACGCCACCACGACGAUAGUUUUUAUUGUUUCCAGUCGAAUCACUUUGCUGAAGAUGGAGUUCCUCAGUCAGUUGGAGCUUCAUCACCAGUCAGGAAAUGAUGAGGACGAGUCAACUCAGGCUCUCCACGGCCAAAUCGACCAUAUCUGCGAUCAGAUCGAGGACCUGAUGAGAGAGUGGAAAAUUAUGGACUGGGUUGAGUGGGCAGAUAAUGCAAUCUCUAAGUCCGUUUUCGCAGGCCUGGUCAUCGACGCUUACUCGUGCAUUAUCCUCAUGAACCGAAAGAAAUUUCGAGAAGAUGAAUUCGCCGUCUCGGAGCGUGUUGUUCGGGCUGCAAGGAUGGUUCUGAAGGCUAUAUUCGCCUCCAGCCAACAGCCAACAAGAUCUGUGUCCGGGAUGCUACACUUCAUCUCAUUCUAUCCCUUUGUAGCCCUCUUUUCAUUGUACUACCACGUCGUUGUAACAGGUGAAGACCCAGAGGUAUCUGAAGAAGAUCUUCGAGACUUAGAACGCCUUCGUGAGAUCGUCAGCCAUGCAGCAAUAAAUCGUGACGAGUUGACACCGGUGGCUAACGCUCUCAUGGUUCUGAACGGAGUUUGUCGAAUACUUCAAGAUCGCCGGACAUCGAGAUUGAGCACUCAGACUCUAACUGAGAUCUCUUCUCCGUCCAGCACACUCAUUCAGGAGGAGCUGAUGAACAGAAUUACUCCUGGGACCGUCACCCCAGGCACUGCCUGUGCUGUCGCACCCGUACAGGCUCAAAUGCUACCGUUCAACGCGGAGCUCGGAACCCCACUCUCCCAUGGUACGUCGGCUGCUGGGAAUCCAUUAGAAUACAUGCGGGAAAUGGAAAGUGAUUUCGUGAGCCGGAACUGGCAUGACAGUUGGUGGAAUAUCGUCGAACCCGCCAUGGCUGAUGAGAGCUCUCGAACAGCCGAGGGACAGGGGAAUUGA